GAAGCUGAAGUCCUGCGUGGUCCAGAGGAGCUCGCAGUUGCCGGCAUCUCCUCCCGCGGUGUCCAGCACCCACCAUGCGGCUUCUGAUCCUGCUGUGGGGCUACCUGGUGCUUCCAGGUCAUAAAGCUCUGAAAGGCCCAAAGGAGAUCAGCGGAUUUGAAGGUGACACUGUGACCCUACAGUGCACCUACGAGAAGACGCUGAAAGAACAUCGGAAGUACUGGUGCCAGCAGGGUGGGAUCCUAGUGUCCCGCUGCUCUGGCAUCAUCUACACAAGAGAAGACCAGGAGGUGACCGAGGGCAGGGUGUCCAUCCGUGACAGCCCCCAGGAUCUCUUGGUGACUGUGACCAUGAGAGGCCUCACUCUGAAGGAUGCUGGAAAGUACUGGUGCGGGGUCGACAGAGUGGGCUUCGAUGAAGCUUUUGAGGUCUCGCUCAUUGUCUUUCCAGGAAAAGGGGACAGUCCCAGCACCACUGGUGCCUCCCCCUUCCCUUCCUUCCAGUUUCUUAUUGCUACAACGUACCUGCAGCCCAGUGCAAAAGCCUGGCAAACUCAGCCCCCAGAAUUGAGGAGCUCCCGCCCAAUCAUCUGGCUGCCCCCCAUCUCGCCAAAGGGCUCCAGUGACGUCACCGGCAGCAGUGUCUCCAACCCCAGUGUGUCCAUCCCGAUGGUCCGGAUGCUGGCCCCUGUCCUGGUCCUCUUGUCACUUCUGCUGGCUGCAGGUCUGAUUGCCUUCAGCAGUCACAUGCUCCGGUGGAGAAACAAAGCUUGGCUGGCCACAGAGACACAGAGGAACGAGAAGAUCUACCUCCCAACCUCGAAACUGGGGAAUGGCUGGGUCUCUGAAGAUGCCAGGAUCAACCUUGUAGCAUCCCCCGGACCUCUUGGAAGCCCCAAGCUCUCUGCUGGACCCUUUGCUGAGAUCCAGUACCGCAGCCAGACUACAGAGGAAGAAGCAGCUCCUUCCCAGGAUUCCGAGGACGACAUGGUGGCCACACCUCCUCUGAUGUCUUCAGAGGAACUGGGCUUCUCCGAGUUCAUCUCUGUGUAAUGGCAGAACGUCCCGUGUCUGGGUACCAUGAAGCAGAACAUUAGGUCUCAGAAGCUUCUGCUGCCGGCUUGGAGUCCUUCUGCUCAUUCGCCAGGGCUCUGUCUACCCUCCUCAUCUCCCUUCCUGCAUGUCCCGGAAUGGCCAAGAAGUGUCUGUGGGCCCUGGAGCCCCGGGUAGGGAUUCAGUUCCAGAUAGAAGCUGGGACCUCCCCAGCAUGUUCCAAUCCUGAGGUAGAGUGCACAGCCGUGGACCUUUGCCAGGGCCAGGUAGGGCUCAGCAAAUGUGAACUGAGUUUGUGUGGGCUCCAGGAAAUCCUGGGUGCAACAGCUUUGCCUCUCUCGCCCUGCAGACCCCACCUUCUCCUCCCUCCAAUUCUGCACUGGGUGCUGGCGAGGAGGCCACAGGUGCGUCUGUGAACCACCUGCAUCCCAACCCUUCAGGAAACUAACUAAAAUGGGAGUCCUGAGUCUCCUUAGAACCCACACAAAACAUCUCUGGCCAGGGCCCAGGACUCGGCAGUGCUACCAAGUGGUCCAGGGAUUCCUAUACUUGGGCUCGGUGAACCUUCAGCCUCUUCCCAGCCUAAAGAAUCGACCUUCUUUCCGGUGGGGUCUCCCACAUGCUCCCUAGAGAAGCCACUCUGUCCAGGACACUACGAUCCCAGAAGGAGCUUCCUGGGACCUUUCUGGUCAGGCACACAUUGGGGCUAGCAGGGAAUGGCUUGUCUUUCUACCUCCCCCCCCACACACACACCCUCCCAUCCCAACCCUGCAUUCCCAGCUUUAGAAAAGUGCUGGAGAAAAGCUCAGUUUCUUCCCUGUCCUGAAGGAGUUCCUACUCCACAGGUUUUGGAAUCUGGGGUAGAGGGGUCGUGGUAGGAAACCAGAGUGCAAGUGGGAGGGAGGGGAGAGGAAAAACUUGAAGAUGAUCCUGAGUUCAGACCUCCUGGGAGAGAAAAAGACAGACUAGCUGAACUACUUUAUUUUCCUUUUCUACUUUGUUUUGAAAAAUGAAAGGGGUGGAGGGGGGCUCAGUUUAUGAAACUUAGACUAGGAGGAAACAAAGAAGGGGAAAGGUCAUGUAUAAUCUUACUAUGCCCUGCAGACAACCCUGAUUGCUUUUUGCUGGAUUUCCCUUAUCUUUUUCCUCUUUUAUUAAUGCUUGUUUUGCAGAGGGAUUAUCCUGGGUGUGAACUCUGCACACCGCUCUUCCCACUUCAGUAUCACAUCAUAAGAUUGUUCUGUGUUUUACAAGCCUUUUACAAUAAAUCGUUUAUCAGCUGCAUAAUAUUUCAG